GACACAAGUUCAAGACACGAGAAUAUAUUUGAGGGUUUUGUUUGCUCGGCUCUGUUGUGUUAACCCCAUGAAUAUGAAUAUGAAUAUGAAGAUGGAGAUGGAGAUUAUGCACAACUUGAAAUGGAUAUGCCCCGUCUUUAAACAGUUAUUGAUGGACUGUGCAAAGAUGGCAGCACGGACAAGGCUUGGGAAUGUUUUCAUGACAUGUCCAGAAAGGGUUUGCAGGUGGAUGUGAUUACUUAUAAUUCUUUGAUAUGCAGCCUAUGUAAAUUGCAUGAGGUAGAAAAGGCUCAAAAAUUGUUUAGAAAUAUGCUAAGGCAAGGAUUCUCACCAGAUGUUAUUACUUACAACAUUCUAAUUGAUGGUUUAUGUCAGAGUAACAGGGAAAAAGAUGCAUUUACACUUAUUUCUGAGAUGCAAAACACGGGACAUCUUCCUAAUGUAAUCACAUAUAAUACACUAAUACGUGCAUUUUGUAGAGCAGGAGAAAUGAACAUGGUAGGAAAGAUGUUAGAGGAGAUGACAAGGAGGGAUUUGAAACCUAACGAAGUGACAUAUACCACAGUCAUUAAUGGUCUGUGCAAGGCAGGAGAUCUUUCUAGAGCACAUUCACACUUGAACAAGAUGCUAGAUGAAGGUUUGACUGCUGAUGUAGUCACUUAUAGCUGUCUGAUUGACGCCCACUUCAAAGUUGGUGAGAUGGAUAAGGCCUUUAAGUAUUUCCUAAACAUGAAAGUGGCUGGUAUUGCCCCAAAUGUUAUAACCUAUAAUAUAUUGAUUGGCUCUUUGUGCAAGGAAAACAAAAUUGACAUGGCUUCCUCAAUGCUGAAUGAGAUGAGAACAAAUAAUUUAGUUCCAAAUGUUGUCACAUAUAAUAAAUUUCUUUACACCUUCCGCCAAAGACGUGACCUUGAAAAUACCUUUCUGGUGAUGGAUCAAAUGAAGAAAGAAGGUUGUGCUCCAAGUGAUUCAACUGUCCGGAUACUUGACUGGCUGGUUAAAGUUGGUCAAUGGAAAAAAUUAAGAGACUUUGUAAAUGAUGAUUCUUUUAUUAUUUCUAGGGCUGCAUAGUUCUCAUGUCUUCUUGAGUGCUAGCCAUAUCACAAUCGCUCUUGGAUAUAUAUUUCCCCAGCUUUUGAAAUUGAUAUUUAUGCAUUCGUCUCAGUGUUACUUAUGUACACAACCAUUCUUUUGUGUAAGGUUAUAAUGAUAAUUUGGAUUGGAACUAUAAUUGAACUAUAAUUGAAUGGUUCCGCCCUA